CAGGAAGUGACUUCGGGAGAGAGGAGCCGGCCGAGCCAGCGGCGGCGGGGCUGAUGGAAGUGGACUGGGGGCUUGAGAGGGCACCGUACCGUAUCCAGCAUGCUCCAAGGCCACAGCUCUGUGCUCCAGGCGUUGCUGGGGACCUUCUUCACCUGGGGGCUGACGGCAGCUGGGGCAGCGCUCGUGUUCGUAUUCUCUAGUGGCCAGAGGCGGAUCUUGGAUGGAAGUCUUGGCUUUGCUGCAGGGGUCAUGUUAGCGGCUUCCUAUUGGUCUCUCCUGGCCCCGGCAGUGGAGAUGGCCACAUCCUCUGGGGGCUUCGGCGCCUUUGCCUUCUUCCCUGUGGCCAUUGGCUUCACUCUCGGAGCUGCUUUUGUCUACCUGGCUGACCUCCUGAUGCCUCACCUGGGUGCCGCGGAAGACGCCCCAACGGCCCUGGCAUUGAACUUCGCCCCUGCGUUGAUGAAGAAGUCUGACGCUGAGGGUCCCGGGCUGCUCUUCCCCGAGAGUGAACUUUCCAUCCGGAUAGGUAGAGCUGGGCUUCUUUCAGACAAGAGUGAGAACGGGGAGGCCUAUCAGAGGAAGAAGGCGGUGGCCACAGGCCUUCCCGAGGGCCCCACCGCCCCGCCGCCUCCUCGAGGGGACCCAGUGCAGCCCAGCGGCGGCAGCUGGAGACGGAUCGCGCUGCUCAUCUUGGCCAUCACCAUACACAACAUUCCAGAGGGUCUUGCUGUUGGCGUUGGAUUUGGGGCUGUAGAAAAGACAGCGUCCGCCACCUUCGAGAGUGCCAGGAAUUUAGCCAUUGGAAUUGGGAUCCAGAAUUUCCCAGAGGGCCUCGCUGUCAGCCUUCCCCUGCGAGGGGCUGGCUUCUCCCCCUGGAGAGCCUUCUGGUACGGGCAGCUCAGCGGCAUGGUGGAGCCCCUGGCAGGGGUCUUUGGCGCCUUUGCUGUGGUGCUGGCGGAGCCCCUCCUGCCCUACGCCCUGGCCUUUGCUGCUGGCGCCAUGGUCUAUGUGGUCAUGGACGACAUCAUCCCUGAGGCUCAGAUCAGUGGUAACGGGAAACUGGCAUCGUGGGCCUCCAUCCUGGGAUUUGUGGUGAUGAUGUCACUUGAUGUCGGCCUGGGCUAGUGCUGAGAAGCUUCAGGGUCCAGGAAAAGCAGCAUGACGAACAAGACUGCAGUGGCUGGCUUCUACGGGACCACAAGCCCCUCUCUUUACAUUAAAAUGUUUUUCCUUUCUCCCCUUUUCAUCUCAUUAUCCUGAUUGACUCUGAUCAUAACAUGACAAGUUUUACCUUUCUCUUGAGGGAGAUCGUAGUUUUAUUUAUCUGUGUCAAGAUGUCACAGAGCUACAGAUAUUUGGUUUUGGCUACUGAAUAGAAUCUUUCUUCAGCGGGAUUACCCAGGCCACACAGAUCAGGGAAACCUCUGCUUUUGUACCCUCGGUCUCCCUCGCUGGGCUCAGGGGCAGCUUGUCAAGUUCACCUACAGGAGGAAGCUACCGAGAGGGAAGCUUCCGAGCAUUUUUUUUUUUUUUUUUUUUUUUUGCCUUGCGACUCAGAGCAGAAUGGUCAGGACAUCUCUGGUCCAUCCGUCCUGAUCUCUCACCGCUGAUCAUCCGCCUGUUAGACCAGAACUGGAACAUCAUGGACAGAGCAACCUACUCUCCAAGGUCCAGCCAGCCCAAGGAGGAACGUGCCUUCUUUCUGCAUCCCCCAAGGGAGAUGCUAGUUGGGAAGUGAUGCUGACAAAGGGAAAGAAAUCAGUUAGUCUUUUUCUUUCUUUCUCUCUUUCUUUCUUUCUUUGUUUUUCAAGGCAAAGAUCGACACUAUUGAAGUUAAGGGAACUGGGGAAUUCGAACAGCCACAAACAUAUAGUGAGUCCUGUAAAAAGAAGCCAGAGAGCGGCUUUGGUCAGAGACCUCUGCUUUCUAUGGAUUCCAAGAGCAAAGUGGUUUGUCCAGGCUGCCAAAUCCCUAGACCUGUCUUUUGAUAUGUUUGUAGCCUUCAGUUUUCUAAGAGACUCGGGGACUCCAGCAGACAGACGGCUGGAGCUCCAACCCUCCUGGAGUGACGGAGGGAGCCACUUACGCUAACUUAAGCGAGAGAAAGACAUUUUGGAACCUGCAGUAGGUCCUUUCCCAUUGACCAUUCGGUAACUUGUAACCUGACCCAGAAGUCUUAAACUGCUGCAGGCUUUGCUGGAGUUUGGCCAGAGAGCUUAGGAUGAGAAAGGAAGAAGGGGUAGGAAGAAAAAGAGAGAUUUCUACAUUUCCCCUUGUGAAGCAAAUCUUGGCCAAGUCAUCAUUCUGAAAUGACCCUCAAGGAUGACUUGAAGUAGACUGGAGGCCAAUCUGCUCCUUCCUACAGAGAGCUCCUCCAACAGGGGCGAUCUAUUGUCUGCUUCACACAUAGCUAAAGCCUUCCGUCCUCAUUGGUCAGAGGAGCAUAUGGGACCUUAAACAGGCUCUGCCAGCAAGGCCAGCAGCCCAGGACCAGGUAUUUAGGCACUGUGUUACCGAAGCCCGCCCUCUGAGUUUACACGUUGAAUUGCUUCCAAGGGUGAGUACCCUGCCCUGUGAAUGCUCUGAGACCCCAAAGGCCAACCUUAUGCUGGGUCUGGGUCUGUUCUUCUGAAGCACUGAUGAUCAAAAUUGAAGACACAUUCAGAGGUUUUUGAUCGGUUGAAAUUAAUUGGUUUGGUGGUUGGUGUGUGUGUAUUUUUUACGUCUUUGUAUGUAGUUCUACACAAUGCAAACUCUCUGAUGGACAAGACCUCAUAACUGUGAUUAAUAUCAAUAAAGGGGAUAUUGUUGUGGA